GCUGUAACCUUCUUGAUAAUAAACGGUUACCGCCCCUUUUGCAAUAUGGCUGUCAAAGUUUCAGCGACAGGAAAGAAUAUUGAUAUUACGCGAAUAACACGAUACAAUGUCUGAGUUAGAUGGGACCAGCAAGGGCACCAAUAUGCCCCACCUGCCGUGCCUGCGCGAGGUCUGGGAGAUCUACAUACAGGCUGUCAAGAGUCAAAACCAGUCAGCAAGCAAUGUUGAGAAGCAGUCAAGUCUGCUAGAUUUGUUAUUAUGCCUUUGUGCCAAGGAAAUGAAACAUGGACCUCUUCCAAACUUCAGUGACAUGACGGGCGUAUGCAAGCAGAUGUACAAGGAGUUUAUGAGUGACGUACUGCACAUCACGAGUCACUCAGAGCAUGAUGAUGUGACCCAGUUACAGACCUACCUCCUGCAGGGGCAGGGGUGGCUCAUGUUACAGAUCCUCUAUGAGAAAGGACCCCAGGAUGUGUCCAUCAGUCGAGACUUUUCCAACCUGCUGGUCCGCCUGUUGCCAUUGAUACUGAAAUUUCCACUGAGGAGCUCUUCCAACGAUGAUAUAGAUCCGUCUUCCUAUGAAAAUAUUUCGACAAUUACAACCAGCUUUCAAAAUACGCUGAUGAAAAAAAAAUCUAAGCAACAGUCAACCCAACAACAGUCCCUGCAGUUAAAAAGAAAUUCAAGUUAUUCAUCUCAAACUCUAGAAAAGAACCUAAGUGAAACAAUAAGUGGAAAGAAAAAAUUCUCCAAAAGAAAAUCUUGUGACAGUAAAGAGUCUAAAACUGAAGGGACAAAUGAAGAAGAUGACGACGAAAAAGCGGAAAAGGUUCGGAAGUUGAGAAAAAAGUUUCGAUACUGUAGUAUGCAGUCUGCAGGGGAGAAAAACAUUCAGAAUCAAGCAGGUUCUGAUUCAGAUGAUGAUGAAGAUCUGGCUGUCUUGCUAAAAAGUGUCAAUGUUCAGGACCAAAUGAUUACUUCAGGAUUUCACUUGUGUGUACUUGUACUGAGUAUCCUACGGGAACUUUGUGAAAGGGAUUUAGCAGAAAAGCAAGGGGGAAAACUCGUAUCCUUGUCGAGUUUGCCGGAUCUUAUGCAGUGUAUGAAGCUGUUGGAUACUGAGAAUAUACGUGUACAUAGUGAAUGGGAAAUGCAUGCAAAACAAGUAUUGAAGUUGUAUCUAUUGAGAGUGAUUAUACUCUGCUCAGGAAUUGCGUCGUGCCAGCAGAAUGGUCUAUCUGUGCUUCAAGGUCAUAAUGUCUUUGAAGAUAUUUUGUCGUCUGCAUGUGGUUUGGAAAUCCUUAAAAUUGAUGUAUUGUCGAUUGAACUUCUUAGUCAACACAAAACCGAAAUGCAUAUUGUUUCUGAUAUGGCCCUUGGAUUUCUUCUCAUUUUGACCCAGAUGUUUGAAAAUUUACCUUUCAAUCCAAGUUCAACGCAAACAGCAUUAUAUCUAGUUGAAGAGUACGAAGAAAACAAAGGUUUUCAGAUGUUUAAGAAAUGUGUACUUGUUAGAGAUUGGUUAAAAAAGGAAUUACAUGAAAAAUAUGAGAGUUUUAAUUGGCUGGAAGAUGAACCAAUCAGUGUGCUGAAUGCAUUUUUAAAUACACUUAAGAUGGUAAGGGUAAAUUAUGUUCAUUCAAUGAAAUGUGUGAAAAGGAGACACAACAGCUGCUCAUAUGCUGAAUACUUUGACCACCAUCACGAUACUCUCGGUGUGGCAGUUGGCUCAAGGUCUGCUGAUACGUUGGAACAUUUCACAUGGCAAUCCCAGCAGCCCAGAUUGCCUCACACUGGUCUCAUGUCACAGAAAAGCCAUCAAGUUACGUGCCUUGUUGCGAGUUGCACAAGAUUUCUCCUUGAUCUACUGGUAAAGGUCAGUUCGAAGAUCACGCGACUUGAACUUUUAAAAACCUUGAACACAUCGGGGGUUUGCUGCUGUAUGCAAUUAGAUGACAUUGUUUCAGCAUUUGUAGUUGGGUUGCAAACAUUUUCACCCGCAGUUGCCUCCUUCUGUGCAGAGACGCUUAAUAAGAUCAUACUGAAGCAAUUUUCUGGGAAAGCGUUUGUUCCUCAUGAAGGGUUAUGCUCUUUUUGUGAUGAGUCUAAGACAAGUGAACAGAUUAUGCAAGAUGCAGAUGGUGAAAAGAUUGUAACUGAAAAGGAGAUGGAUAGCGGCAUUGACGCGAGCGAUGUAAACUUUGAUCUUAAAUUCUCUUCUCAUCUAAUGCUAUCAAAAUGGAGUGCCAUUUCGCGGCUUAAGCCAUUAUUGUUCUCGCAUAAUGAAACCCUGGCAGUUACUUUAGCCAAACAUUUGCUGGUCCUAGCAAUAAAGGGCAACCCAUUCCUGAAAGCGGAAUUGUUUUUCAGUCUGUAUAUUUACGCCAUGGAGCUAAGCAACGAUACCUUGAUAGUAAACAAGAACAGUGCACAAUCAGUCAUAGACACUCAUGAACAAGGAAGUGUAGGACACAAAGAAGGAAUAAAAGACACUGAAAAUGUUUCUGUAACUGGUGACUACAGAGAGACUGAAAAAGUGACAAUAUUGAAAUCUGUACAAGUUCAUUGCCUGUCUGCUCUACCCUUCUUGUUACAGGCAAACAGCGUUAGCAAGGUAUUUCUCUCGAAUAAAGGUGUGCAAAAGCUAUGUGAGCAACUGGAAGAUGAAACUUUACAUAUGCCAGUUUUGAAAAUCUUUGAAGCACUGGUCAUCAUGGAUGAACACCAGUUCUGUAAGUCUCAAGAAGUGCCUCGGAGUUCAUGCCUGUUUCCGUAUAAAGGUGGCAGAGUUAUUGACGCCUUCAUAUUAGAACUCUCAAAAAGGUCCUUCAAUGAAAGUGACGUAUACAUUGACGAUUCCUGCAUUUCAACGCAGAGAAGAAUCAGACGAGAUAGCAUUGUGUUGUCAAAAUUUUUGCUUCCUGUUUUGGUAAAUCUUUGGAACACAUGUGCCAAACUUUGUCUUCAUAGCCAUGUUUUUGUGGCCAAAUUCAAAGAACAGCAUUGUUUAGCAAAAACAGAAGCGCUUUUGCUGGAAACCUUGGAUGUUGUUAUGAACCCCAAUUUGAUUGGUCCACUUAAGUCACAUGGUAGCACCGAAGCAGAGGAUUCUGGGAUGGAAGGAGAACCAAACACUGAGCUGGAAAAUGGCUGCCAGGAGAGUUUCUUACUGCGAGUGUCCCUGUUGGAGCACUUGAUGUGCACUAUAGGCGCUGCAACUCUCGCCCAGGAUAUGAAUUACACUGACCUGAAAAUCUGGCGGAAAGUACUGGAAAGAUUCAGUCACUCACCGAGGUUGGAAGCCACUAAGUUGAAGAGCAUUCUGGAUGCGGUUAUGGAAGCCGCCAUGCCCCUGUUCAUCCCUCUGCUGGCAUUUUCGUUCAGCAAAAAUAUCGCUCUAGUGUACUCGGGUGAGGACGAUGUGUACGAUGAAGACGAGGUGCGGCUGCUGCUGCAGUCAGGCACGGACGAUGACAAUGAUGUACAGACAGAGCAUGCGUAUGAUGCAGACAGCGAGGAUACGUCCACAGGAGUCACAGAGAAAGGUAAUCACAGCCGACAACCAUUAAAAAGUGGCUCCUCCCAGAAGAUGUACAUCCCGCUUACAUUUGUCCUGCUCUUUGACAUUCUUAUCAAGCUUCAUGAAGAUAGAGCUUGGGAAAGCAUCGUCGCCAGUGUGUUCCAUAAGCUGCUGCAGAACGCCCGCAUGGAUGGCAACAUGGCUAUUGAACUGAGUUCCCAGGGCAUAUUGUCCACAAUUCUGGAUGAGAAGGGUUUCUGGCCUACCUUGCUCCGCUACGACGCUGAUUCACCAUGUUUAGUGCAAGAACACCUCCUGGCACUGGUGGAACAGCUUGGCCAACAGAGACUGGAGUCACAUGACCUCCAGAGGCUUCAUCAGCUCUUCCAGCUAUCAGACAUACCCAUGGAGAAAUUGCUUCCUGUCUUCUUGACUGUUGUGAAAAAUGCACAGGUGCGACCCCAGCAUUACGUGACGUUCCCAGCACGGUCCCUGCCCAACCCCCGGGACUCGAGGGAAGAUCUCCUUGACAGUGGCACACAGGGGACCCUCACCAGCAACCUCAGUCCCCUGAUCCAGUCCAUGAGGUCUGUCUUCCUGGUGGCUGCUCCUCAGGCAGAAAUGGCGGUUGCAAGCCCUUUUGAGCAGGAAGUGUGGUCCAAGUGUGCGCUGAAGCUCAACCUGCAUGACUCCUUGACCUGGCCCCCUUUCCAAACAGGGCUCACCCUGACCAUGUGGAUGUGUCUGGAGAACAGGGCCCUACACAGGCAAGGGCCCAACCUGCACAUGUAUGACCUUGAACUUGGUGACAGGUUUACCACUGUUGGGGAGGAAGUCACCCCACCGCCAGGUCACAUGACAGGAUGUCUGCAUGUGGUCUCCAUAGGAACCAGAGAGAAGAUGCUGGAGGUGUGGACAGCUAUAGCCAGUGGGUCCUUAAUAUUCAGGCUGACCAGCGAGUGCAGUGACACAGGUCUGGUGGUUCAGGAGAGCACGCUGACUGGAGUGCUCCCCCCUGUUACCUGGCAACACCUUGCCAUCAGCUACCUGGAGGAGCUGGAUGGCAGUACCCUCACUGGCAAGGUGAACCUUCUAUUGGAUGGCUGGCAGAGUCACAGUUUUGUACUGGACCAUCCGUUUGCUGCCAUCCGCUCACGCCCCAAGUCUGCACAGCUGCCUGCAUUCCUCUGUGUCGGCCAUGUUGUAUCCGACCCCCAUAUCUCACAGCUGGGGAACUGGAGUGUUGGCCAGAUGAUGGUGUUCAAAGGUGCCUCAUUACCAAAGGAUGCCCUGUUUCACCUGUACACACUGGGACCUAACAACCGCAGCACAUUGAAGUGUGACUCCAGCCCUGCCCGUGGAUCAUACGCCCCACACCUUCACAAAAAUGUGGUGGCACAUUCCAGAAUCCCUUAUGAGAAGCUUGUACAGAACCAUGCUAUGGACCUCAGGAAUUUAAGACAAUAUUUAAUCUUCUCCUACGACCCAAGGAAAGGUCCAGCAGUAUUUUUUGAGUACCAAAUCAUAGGCAAACAUGAACUUCCUGUCAACCAGUUGACCUCAAAUGACCCCAUGUUGACCCAGCAGGCAAAGGUCGUGACCCCAGUAUGUCAAGGUCACCUCCAUAGCAACGGUUUCACAGAUCUGGAGAAGGCAGUGGAUGGAUCUGGAGGAAUUGCAUCAUUUUUGUUCCUAGUUGCCAAGGUGUACGAAAAGUGCCCGGAGUCAUUCCCAGGCAACCAGUUGUCACCAACGCGGGUAGAGCAAGCCCAGGCGGAGGUACUGAGGGUCCUGUUGUAUGUGAUCCAGCACUCUUCCCACCUCCACCAGGAGUACACCAGUCUGCAGGGCCACGACCUCCUGUGUAAGGUGCUCACCAGCUCCCGAAGUGUGCCUGGUCUGCUCAUAUUGAAGGUGCUGUUUGAUGCAGCAACGACAGAGACGUUAUUCAAAACCACAUUAUCCACUUUGGAGCUCAAUCUUAAGCCAAGAACAGACACUGUGAUAAGAGAUAUCUCCAUCAUAGAACAUCUCAUACUAGACUGGAGAAUCUGGGAGUCAAGCGCAGGGUUUAUGGGGUCAAAAGGGGUCAUGGAAGUUGUGUUUGCAGCCCUGGCGAAUUUGGUCUCUGAAGAGCACCCAUAUCAAGAGUAUAACAUCAAGCACUUUGUGGCCAUAAAUAUUGUGAGCAAAAUCUUCAAGAUAUAUCAGGAGCGCAUACAGGAUGGAUUUCACGCCCUCCCAAUUUCGGUGAGUGGUCACGUGAUCUCCAUCAUCCAGAACCUGUCAGGCUCGCCCCCAGACAGUCACCUGAUCACAGAGAUCUGUCACUUCCUGUUGCUCGCCCACCCGGCCGCCUUUACAUACAUCAACCACAUGCGGAUGUCGUUCUACUUCAACCUGCCAUGGACGCAGCCUGAUGCUGUCCCGGGGCUGAGGUGGCGGGUGGGACAGAUGAGGGCGCUAGAAGGGGACGCCUUACCAUCCCAUAGCACUCCUAUUAAGAUGGGGUUUUCAGGAAAUGAAGAUCCAGAUAUUGUCUCAACCAUUUCAUCAAUGAGACAUCUAGGUCCGGAGUUUGAGUCUGCGGUGCCUGAAAAAGCCCAGGAGGCCAUUGCGAGCCAACAGGAUGGAGGAAGCAACCUGGCCACUGGAGACAAAUCACACAGUGAAAUGCUUAUUGAUAAAAGUUAUGGCAAAACAACAACUGCUGAGUCAGAAAACGAUUUUAUAGAGUUAAAAACCAUGGACACCAAUUUUGAACAGGCUGGUGGCAAAACAAAUUUUGAAACUGUUUUUUUUAGCGAUGAUAAAGAUUUACGUGAUAUGGAACCACAUGACACGUCGUUAAAAUUGUCGCCCAGAAUACCAGAAAAUUUUGAAACUUUGUAUAAGAGUGUUACUGAGGAGGAAGCUAGUUAUCUGGAUGAUGUGGAAAAAAACACUGACAUUGAUGAAGACUUCCAGGUCAUAGAAACUGACGCACAGCCUGAAGAUUCCAUUGCCUCUGAAGAAAACGCCAAAAACAUGUCCUUGAACUUUGACGAUGAAAAUGCAGAAAUGGUUAAACAGGAGGAGGGAUUGACAGCUCUGUGUGUUGGCUUACUGCGUCAUCUCUCUUCCUUGAUCCAGAUUAUGCCAGACAAAAUGGUGGAAGAAAUGUUUUGUACAUUGGCAAUCAAUCCACAUAUCUUCAUCGUCCUGGCCCAAAACAGCUCUUCAGAAGUUAGAGACAGUUGUAUUCAGGUCUUGUGGCAGUACUUGAAGCGCAGUUCCAGCAGUGAGCUCGAGCCAUUUUUCAAGAUGGAAGGCUUCCACCUGCUUGCUGCCCAGCUGUUCCAGUUCCCCACCCACACCAGCCAGAUGGAAACGGCAUUCUCUAUUCUCAUGCAGAGAAAAUUUAACAUAGAUGAUGGAUUUUAUCCAGAAGAAGUGAUAGAAGACGUGGGUCGUAUCCAGCAGGGGGCUGUCCCAUUGGUGCUUGGCUUGCUUGGCAACUGUACUGGCGACCUGGCCCUGUGUCACAACAGCCUCCAGCUGUGUUGCGGGCUGUUUGAGAGGUCGGAUGUCAUCUCCGUUAUGAUGAUGGAGCAGGGACUGCUGGAGGUGCUGGCUAACAUGCUUGUCACCCUGCUGCAGACUAGGUCAAGGAACACAGACGUAGAGGGGAUGGACGAGAAUGAAAUACUGGUGACUGACCUUAGAGACUUUUUCAAGGUCAUUGCUCUGAAGGAAUUCAGUUCAAAAGGGGAUGAACACUACCUGCAGUUUGAGGGUGUCUUGCUGCUACUGCUGCAUAUGGAGUACAGGUGGAUACAAACACAAGGCAUUGACAGCAAGGAGGUUAAGGCUGUAAGAACAAUAGUGUACCACGUGGUGGUUGCCAUACUGGACCUUGUGGAGAAGACAAGUGAGGAAAUCAGUCAGCAGUCAUUUAGUCUGUUCAGCAAACCAGCAACCAGUCUGAGGCAGAGGUCCAGUCAGAGUGUCAGCUAUGCCCUCACUCCCCCUGCAUCCCGCCCACCUCUCUUGCCCCGCCGCACAUUCUCCACGCAUCCGAAUGUCUUCUUUGCACCUGGAUUCCUUGCCCAGUCCCAUCUGUCAGCCUGCAAGAAAACGCCCGGCAGUAAUUUACACGCAGAUCUCCCCUAUGGCGCUGAGACCAUCAUGACAAGCGGUUCUGGGGGAGACAGUGAUAGCGGCUUGUAUGAUUCUGCAACUUCUGGCAGCGCCCAUACUGUGAACAUUCCCCCCGCAAAUACGAAAGUCAAGCGGGCUACAUCUCUGGAUGUCAGCAAAGGGAAAGUAAUCCAGAGGAGCGAUUCUCUGCUGCAGGCAGUGCUUUCUCAGAUCGGAAAAAAGAAGAAGCAGGCCACGGAGCCCAUUUCCCAGAGUGAUCUCAUUGAUCGACUCAAGAAAGUGGUCACAUUUGCAACAGACAUCACCAUGUUUUCUGAACGUAAGCCCCAGAAGGAGCACAGGAGGCUGCUGUUACUGCAGAUCCCUGCAGAGAGCAUAGAGGGAGGCUUCCUGAAGAGACUGUUUUCAUUCCUGUAUCGUGCAUUUGAAGCUACCAUGCCUCAGGACAAGAGUUUCAACACCGGUGGCAAGAAGACCAAGAACGUUAUCAUGUGGGGGGCCAAGGACGUACUCAGGGUGCAGCUGGGUCGCCUCCUGUCCUCCAUGUUGUCUGACAGACAGGACUUCGUACACCGUGUGUGGGUUGUGGCCUUCAUUGCAGGGGAGCCUCGUAUGCAGGAAAUCCUGAGACUGCUUGUCAACACACCUGACUGGGGCAACGAACUUGCCUUCCACCUGUACGACCUCCUGAAGCACCACUCAGGCUCGUUGUCCCAGCAACAGGUGGAAGACGGGUCACGCUUGAUUAACCUCCUCAGCAGCAUGAGGUGUGAGGUAUGGUCACCGUCAGCGAAACUGUCUGCCAUUGAGCUGGAACGCCUGCAAGAGAGAAAAAAACUGAUGGCAGAAUAUUGGGAAGGUCAGGCCAAAGAUUGGUUCAAGAAAGUGAUGUCUCUGAGCAGACGUCAUCGUCAAUUUGAUAUUUUGGCCACACGUCUGACAGAAAGUGCGAUGGAAGUCACGCAGACGGUAACCCAGAUUCAGACAAGCCUGCGCAAACGUUUCAUUGAGUACAUCAGACAGAAGAAAACCACCGGCAUACAGGUGAAGAAACAGUGGCAGGACGUUGUGCAGAAUCUCACUCAUGAGAGGGCGCUGUGGCAUGACCCCGCCUCCUAUCCGUUGUCAUGGCAACUGAACCCCACUGAGGGCCCCUCAAGGGUCAGAAAGAGGCUGCAGAGGGGGCACCUUGGCAUCAAGUCAAAAUUCCUCAAGAAGGAGCUCCAGCAUAAACUGGCAUCAGAGACUGUUGAUCCGCCCCUUGUAUACCUGUUUGAAGACGACCAUCAGAUAUCAGACUCUCUUGCCCUCAUCUAUCAGCUUCAUAGGAACAAAAAAAUCAGGUUCACAAGCACAUGCCGAGCUGUGUCUCCAAUAGGGGAGAGCAAGGGCGAGUUACUCAUUGGUGAGGACAGUGUGUACUUUGUAGCUGACGAGGCCAUCUCUGACGCAAACUAUACGCAGGUGUUGCUAGGCAACAGAGACCAGCUGUCCAUGACCUGGCCCUUCGAGGACAUUUUGGAGAUCCACAAGCGCUGGUACGAACUUACUGACACUGCCCUGGAGAUAUUCCUCACCAGUGGGAAGACCUGCCUGCUGGCCUUUAACUCUGCCAAGGACAGGGAUGAGCUGCUGUCACAUUUGCAGCGACUGGAAUUUCCCAAUAAGAGGAACACCAUCAACAUACUGGACGCUCUGUAUAACUGGGAAAAUCGAAACAUCACCAACUUUGAGUAUUUGACAGAGCUCAACAAGCUUGCAGGUCGAUCGUUCAACGAUCUCAUGCAGUAUCCCAUAAUGCCUUUCAUCCUCCGAGACUACACGAGUGCCAGUAUUGAUCUCAGAGAUAUUGCCAUUUACCGCGAUUUGUUAAAGCCUGUGUCGGUCCAGGACCCUUCCAACGAGCAUAAAUUUAAGAGGAAUUAUGAUUUCCUGAAGGCGGAGUUUGACAAGUAUGGAAAGGAAGGCAUGACGGGGCUGCGUGUUAGCCCCUAUCACUACGGCAGCCAUUACUCCAACAGCGGCAGUGUGCUACAUUUCCUUGUCAGGCUUCCACCUUUCACUAAAAUGUUCCUGGAAUUCCAAGACCAGAACUUUGACAUUCCUGACCGCUCGUUUCACAAUGUGCACACAUCAUGGCGCUUGUCUAGUGCCGAGUCCAACACAGACGUGAAGGAGUUGAUACCUGAGUUCUUCUACAUGCAUGAGUUCCUUGUAAACAAUGAAGGAUUUGAAUUUGGAGUGCGACAGAAUGGAGACCUGGUGAAUGACGUGGUCUUGCCCCCCUGGUGUAACAGGAACGCUCGACUGUUCACAUUCAUACAUCGCCAGGCCCUGGAGUCGGAUCACGUGAGUGAGAACAUCGCGUCCUGGCUAGACCUUAUCUUUGGUGCCAAACAGCGCGGCGAGGAGGCUGUGCGGGCCAUAAACGUCUUCCAUCCAGCAACGUAUUUUGGUCUCGAUGUGAGCAGCGUGAAGAAUGAACUGGACAGGAAGGCCAUACAGACCAUGGUGCAGACGUAUGGGCAGACGCCAAAACAACUGUUCUUGACCAAACACCCUCUCAAGAAAGCCAAUAUCAACAGGAUAGAAACACAGAAGUCGGGACUGGAACUGCCCCAUCUGAAAGUAUCUGGUUUGAAGUGGGGCAGCUACCUGGGCUCCCCAGAUUGCGGGCCCCCCACGGUAGGGUGGGAGCAGACAUUCACCUCCCACGUGGGUACCCUGGUGGCCCUGCCCGCACCCAGACUGGGGUCAGACAGCGGACUCAUGUUUGGGCUCAGCCCUCACUGCUGUCUGUUGUACAGGCAGAGGCAGGAGAAACAUAGUGUCACGGUCACAGAGAGUCCAUCAGAUGUGACGUGGGUAGCCAUCUUGACAUGGAACCAGAAGGAUGGCCUCAUACGUAUCAUCACCAACACCAGGGGUGUUGCCAUCAACUGUAUCCAGUACAACAAGUCAGACGAGAUCAGCUGUUGUGUGGCAGAGGCGGACUGUCGACACUUGUUUGUGGGCGGCACUUCAGGGCUAAUUUCUGUGUACAAGACUCGCCUGAACCAGGAGAACUUGCUUCAAGUGCUAGACCAGCCCCGCUGCCUAUACAGUCACGGGGACAGUGUGAACUGCAUUGUUGUGUGCAAGCCCUACAGCGUGAUGGUUAGCUGCAGUAAGGACAGGACCUGCAUCAUCUGGGACCUCAACAGGCUUUCAUACGUCAGGUCCAUUACCAGCCAUAAAGCCAGUGUGACAGCUGUGGCCAUCAGCAACACACUUGGAGACAUUGUCAGUGUCAGCAUCUAUGACAUGAAGAGUCGUCUGCACCUGCACACUAUCAACGCUGAGCUGGUAGCCAUGGCAACGUGUGAGGACACAAUUAAGUGUCUGGCCUACACGGAUGAACCCGAGGGCGUCUCCAUCAACCUGAUUGCGGGAGGCUUGUCAUCGGGCGUUAUACGGCUAUGGUGCAGCUGGGAUCUCACCCCUAUCAGGGACCUCAGGCAGACCCCACUGAUCCCUAUUGUCAGGUUGGGAACUUUGUGUAUCUCUUGCUAUAGCUCAAUUUGUUAA